AUGAGGAUAGGCAGGCUAUUCUUGACGCUUGUUGCUGUCAGUCAUACAGCAUAUAGCCAAACUACCAAGCGGUACUGCGAUUUGGAAACCUCGAUUUGCUAUUCUGGGUGGACCGGCACGAAUGGUAUCACCUUUGGUGUCGCUCUACCCCAGUCGAAAGCUGCGCCUUUCGAUACCGUCUUGCAAAUUGUGUCGCCUAUCAAGAAUGGUUGGGUCGGAUUCAGUUGGGGCGGAACGAUGCCAUAUGUCCCACUUACAGUCGGAUGGAUGAAUAGUGCAUCAAACACCUCCAUCUACUCGUCAAGAAUGGCUUUUGGCCUGAGUUUGCCUCAGCCCUACGCCGAUGCCGAAUACUCGUACAUCAAAGGGACUGGAUACAAUGCGACUCACUGGACUCUGACUGUGCGGUGUAGAGGCUGCUCCCAAUGGCACGAUGUGAACGGUAAUCUGGUCUCCAUCGACGCAAAUGCAUCUGCGCAAAAGUUCGCCUAUGGCUUGUCGAGUAGAUCGCCUGCUGAACCAGCGAAUAACAGAUCUACUUUCAACGUGCACAAUUCAUUUGGAAACUACAGAAUCGACCUCAUGCGAGGUCAAAACACGGACUUUGAUGAGCUAGUGGCUGCGAACCUCGUCGACAAUGGCCCACCAAUAUCAAGCAGCACCCCAGUACCGAGCUCGACUUUCAGCGCAAUAUCGACUACGAUGAGUAUGAGUACUGUCACUUCGGGAUUACCACAACCAAUCCAGACAGGAAUCCCUUAUUUGUGCGCUGAUGUUGCUAACCUCGCAUUUCCUGUGAACACUGCGAAAGGAUGGAAGGCUACGAAGGUCGCGGGAGGACUGAACCAGCCAAGAGGGCUCAUAUUCGAUAACGCUGGAAACCUUCUUGUCGUACAGAAUGGUAUGGGUAUUACAGCUCACAAAGUUGCGCGAAACGGCUGCCUCACCUCGUCCAAGACCGUCAUCGCUCAACGUAAUCUCAACCAUGGCAUUGUGCUCAGCCACGAUGGGAAGACGCUAUUCGCUAGCUCUGCAACUUCAGUAUUCUCCUGGUCAUACGAUGCAGCUACCAUGAGUGUCUCCGAGAACUCGACGACAGUCGUGACAGGCAUGGACAGUAGAGGACAUGUCACCAGGACGCUGGAGAUUCCGCCCAAGUACCCGAACCUCCUCCUCGUCUCGCAUGGAUCGAACGACAACUUUGACUACGGCUCUGCGGACAUUGCAACGGGCCGAUCUUGUAUCAAAGUUUUCGACACGGCCGCUGUCCCCACAGAUGGCUACGACUACGCAACCGGUGGCUAUCAGAUGGGUUACGGGCUCCGGAAUGAAGUCGGUCUGGCAUUCGAUGCUGAUGGCAUGCUUUGGGGAGUCGAAAACUCGUCGGACGAGCUACAUCGCACUAUUGACGGGGUAUCCGUGGAUAUCCAUACCGAUAACCCAGCGGAUGAGAUCAACUACCUUGGAGAUCCAUCCAAAGAAAACACGGACUGGUAUGGGUACCCCACCUGUUACACAGUCUUCAACCCGGCAUCGAUUGCAGAUAAACCAUUCAUGAUGGGUGAGCAAUUCGUCUUGGAGCCCAACGCUACCUUCACAGACGAUACCUGUAAGACACGCAGUAUACCGUCGCGUCUUGCUCUUCCCGCACACUCUGCACCCCUCGAUGCGAGCUUCAACAAGAACUUCACUAGCAUGUACAUUACCCUCCAUGGAUCUUGGAACCGCAAUCCUUCGAUUGGAUACAAGAUCAUUGAAGUGCCGUUUACCAAGGGCGCGAACGGCUUCGGACCGAAAGCAGCGGUGAAUAAUACGCAGAACUGGGCUGACGUCUUCUGGAAUCCGGAUGUGGAUUCUUGCUCGACCACGCAAUGUUUCAGACCCGUGAGUAUCGCGCAGGAUAGGUAUGGUAGGAUGUAUAUUACUAGCGAUAGUGGGGCGGAGGGGGAGAUGAUCAUUCUAGGAAAGGAGUCAGAAUAG